GGAGACGGAAUCCAGAAAAACAAAAGAUGGCUGAAAAUUUACUCAAAGCAAUUACUCUCUCUUUUCAGUAUGAUCACAUCCCUUUGGAAGGGAUUAAUAUUCACAAAAUGGCACUGACCGAAGCCAUACUGCUAAAACAAUGUGUGCAUUUGAAUGCAAAUCUACUUUGAGAUGGUAAGGAAGUGAGAAACUGAGAUGCCAUCGUUCAAAAUUCUUAACAUUAGCCUUUAAGUAUUAAAGGAAAUGAAAGCUAAUUAUCAAAUUCCCAAUUACAUUCAUCCUACUGUGUCUUUUAGGGGAAUGUUAUCAAUUUGAUCGACCGUUUGAAUGAAUGCUUAUCUAGGAAGUUGCUAGCACUCCAGGUGCCAAGUGUAUCUCAAUACCUUUCUAAAGAUUUUUACUUUUUGGUCACCUUUUUUUCCAUGUUAAUUAAACCCCACAACAGGCUAGCUAUCUCUGUUCCCCUCCAAUGCUCAAAAUCAGGCAGUGCUUGCUAAGCUACUGUGUGCUAAUGCUGAGCUAUUUCCAAGUGAUUUGACCACAAGGGUUGUAUUUCCACAAAGCUAGUCCAACUUGGCAGUUGUUGGCCUCACAGUCUUCUCUGCAAAGUGCCUCUUCCUGCACCCUAUAACAGGGUGAGCUAUUUUUCACAGUAUUCUCAUGUGGCUUGAUGGUGUGAGGCCAGGCUUCCUCCCACUUCAUACAACUGACAUUCAUUCAUUGACCUGUUUGAAACAUACACUCAGAAGUGAAUAGCUCCUCUUAUAGACCAUUCUCCUUUCUCUGUGGGCCUGAAGUCAAUGGGUUUUGGAUCAGCCUUUUAUCUGGAUCUAAUAUCAAAGGUCUGACACCUUGCUAGGUCAAACCAAAAGUUCUUUCUGGCUUGAGUUUGUAGAAAUGAAGCAAAACUCUCACAACCUUCACAGUCUGAGAAGAGAACAUGGGCACAGCAAGCCAUGCUGCUAGUUCAGAUAGCUUAGUGUUGCUUCCAAAGGAAUUCUUCUGUCACAUGUUAAUGUGCAUCCCUUUUAUUGUGUUGUUUUAAUUCUUUCAUGAAUUAGAUUGUUGAAUGUUAAACAUUUCUGCUGCAUUUCCCCAACUGUCAAACUCCGCAGCUAUUCUGGUUAACUGGCCCCUUCCUGGGCUCUGUGUUUACGCAGAAAGUUAUACUAGUUCACUGCAGGCUUUGAAGUCAAUGGAUAUUUUUCAAAAAGAUCUAACCUAGGAAUUAUUUUGGGGAAAUUCUAUGGCUUGUGUUAUACAGGAGUCCAGGCUAGAUGAUCACAAUGUUACCCUGAGGCCUUGGAAUCUAUGAACUUGUCCCACAAUACCAUGUCUGUUCUUUGUGCUAAAAGCCUUUCAAACUCGCCAGAGUUUAUCUGUCUCCUUGCAACUUUUUUUCUAAAAUAGAGAGAAUUUGAAAGAAGCCAGUUCCUAUACUUUAGUGCUAAGAGGAAGAUUAAUGCAUGACUGAUGGGAGCAGAAGACAAUGUAAUUCUUAUGCGGAGGACUUCAGCUUGAGCGAAUCUCUCCAUUUACCUACAUUUAAAGCUCACAAAACAUCAUAGCUUUGCACAAAGCUCAAAAACAAGACAGGUAUUUUUUUCUUUAUCUCCUGUCCUCUCUUCUUUUUUUGCCCCAAAUAGACUGAAAAUGUUUUUUUCCCACUUUAUUUUGAAGCAGAGGAGUAACACAUAGAAAACAGCACAGUAAGGAAUGAAAUGGAAAUAUACCUUUAUUACUAAUAGAGCUGGGACGGUAAUGGAUUUUUUUUGUUUUGGCAAUUUCACACAAAAAAAUGAGAGGGGAAAAUUUAGUUUUGGGUCAACCUGAAAAUGAAUGUUUUUCCAACAAUUUUCAGUGAAUCAAAAGUAAAGAAAAAAAUUAGUUUUGGGGUCAAACAAAGUGGCACAAUAACCCAGCUAACAUGACAUGCUCAAGCCAGGAUCCUGCCCCUACUGCACACCCUAAAUGCUCACAGCAGGAAUUUGGCAGGGUUGAGGCAAAGAGGAAGCCUUUUCUCCCAAGCCAUCAAUUAGGAGUGAAGCCAUUCUGCACCUGUUGCUCCUAGCUGAAGGCUAGGUUAGCCUGAGGGCCUGUUUUGCCUCCAGAUUACCUGGAAAAAGGAAAGUUUAGUGAGGUUUUCAUAUUGGUGGAUCAUCUCAUGUUGACAAUUCCCAUUCAACACAAUGAACUGCAGCAGACAGCUAUGUUAGGUGCUCCCUGCAAAUCUGGGUUCCAGGGCUUGCAAGCAGGGAAGCACCCCUGUUCUAUCUCUUGGCUUCUUGCACAGCUGGAGAGGAAGGAAGGAAGGAAGAGCACAAUACUGUGAUUUCUAUUUGCAGUUACUUAGCAGAGACAGAGGUAUUAUGGUGAUGGGACUUUUUUUAAAGGGAGGCAGUGCAUGUGCAAGACCAACAAACCCUAGUCAUUGGCAGGCAGGAUCGAAUAUAGGACUUCUGGAGUUUAGUGUAUGUGCCUCUACUGCUUGAGCUGUAAGGUAACUGGCUAUUAGCUAAGGCUAUAGAGCAGACUCAUUUUAUAUCUUUCUCUAAGUGGUCUCAGUGCCACUAGAUAGGACAGAACACCACACCCAGAAGGUGUGUGGGUUAGAUUAUUGAACACUACUACUCAGCCAACUGGAGCUCUAUUGCCUGCUCUAACACUGACCUGAUGAGUGACUUUGGGCAUGCCUCAGUUUCCUUAUCUGUAAAAUGGGGAUAAUGAUACUUAACCAUGCUAAAGCAUUUUGAGAUCUAAGGAUGAAAAGUGCCUUGGAAGAGCUAGGUAUCAUUAUUAUUGAAGUUAGGCUCGUAGGUCCAUAUUGAGACACCUAAAGAAGUGGCCUGCUUUUCAAAAGUCCUGAGCACCCAUCUGCUCUCAUUGGCUUCCCUGGGAGGUGUGACGUGCUCAGCAGUUUUGAAAAUCAAAUCACAGUACUUAGUACAGUAGCUUCCGCUUAUUGGCAGCCUCUUGAUUCCCAGCAAAAAGCUGCCAUUAUCAAGAAGCUGCCAAUAAGCAAAAGGCAGGUUUGUGGGACUACGGCCAAAGAAGCAAGCACUGAAAUGUGCUUUCUCUGGCUGCAGCCCCACAACCCUGCCUGCAGCCAGGGCUCAGCAUGUCCCAGAGCUUCCUUCCCUGGCUGCAGCCCUGCAAACCAGACUGCAGCAGGGACUUUCUUCCAAAAAAAGUUGUUACUAAGCAGCAUGCCUGUUGCCAAUAUCCGAAUCUUUAAAUCUGAAGUCAGUGGGAUAGGGUUGGUUCUUGGCAAAAUGUUUCUAUUAAGUGAAAGUUAUAUUGUGAUUGCUAUUAAGUGGCCUCCACAGUACUAUACAGGUUUUGGAGCCUAACUUGCAGCACCUCCUUUUGAAAAUCUUGGCCAUGGUGCCAGUAUCUGUAGCUUCUCCACAGCCAAAGAGGAGCUGCCAGGAGAGGAGAUCUGUGUUGUACAGUCUGUGCUGUACAGGAGAGGCUUUUGAGUUCUGCAAGACAGUCAGGUAUUGAGAACUUGACAGCCUAAGCAACUUGACAGGAUUCUUUGAAGCCGGUAUGCAGGAAGCUCUGAAACACUGAAAAGUAAUGAUUUUAAUAUACUUUUAUAUUUAUUAUUAUUGACUUAUGGGAAGGAAUUUUGUAAAGGAGAAGACAAAUCAAAACACAUGCCUACCAAGCUUACAGGCAAAUGCUCACAAAAUCUGUCUCUGUGCACAUUUUCAUUAGCUGUUUUUCUGUGUCUCAUCCUGCAUUAUUGCAUACAGAUGCUUUUCUUUUUGAUGAAUUGUCUGGAGGUGUGGGGUUCUGUUGGAUUUGAUUAAAGAAACCCUUUCCUUAUUUUGAUUAGGAAAAGUUAAUACAGACAGGUAUAUAUUUUUUUUAAACUGGCCUGACUAAUCUUCUUCAGAUGCCAUAAGCAAUAUUGUUUCCUCUUUCAAUCACAAGUCACUAAUUAUUUAGAGCAGUGUGUGUAUGAGAUUUGGGUUAUCCUUUCUUCAAUGUCUUGUUAUCAUGCUUAGCUUGCUCCUUUAGCCUUUCCUCUCAAAUCCUGCCUGCUUCAUUGACCUACCCAAGCCCAUCAGUCAAAGAAACAUGGAGAUGUAAUUAAAUGACAAUUUAAUCCCCCAUGAACAGAUUAAAAUGAAUUGAUCAUCAUUGUUAUUUCCAUCUGUUCGCUCCAUGUUGAUUCUUUGUGUUUUAAGCUUUCAAUAAAGACAUGCACAAGAAGGGACCAUGUAGAAAAACUACUUGUCUUGUUAUUAAUCAGAAAACAUGCACUAAUUUUAGCAGCUCAAGAUAACAAAAGAUUGCAAUAAUACCAUUGGCAUGACAUUGAUUACAUUAGCAAGAUGGAAAGCUCUAUUUAUUUUUCCCUGAUGACAAUUUAGCUUCAGGCAACACUAGGGAUAGUUUUUCUUAACAAUUUAAGCAUUUUACAAUUUUAAUAGAAGACAUAGACAUAGUCCUGAAAAUAAGCAUAAAACAACCAGUCAGAAUCAUCCUUUGAGGGCAUAGUUCAAUAAAAGGAUUGUCUACCAGAAAUUCUGAAGAAUAGUUUUAUUUAUUGGUUGUUACUGUUUUCAGUUGUGUAGGUUUCCAGAAAGACAGCUAGGUAUAUUAAAUUCAAACUUUUCUGCUUAAAAUAAACUUUAGGUGACGAACAAAUGUCACAAAAUUCAAUGUCCAGGCUGAUAUUCCCAUUUGUAUCUCACAUAAUUGUGUAAAAGAGACAUGGGAUGUAUUAAGAACCAAAUACCUUAAAAUCCUCAAUUUAGGCACAAAAUGGUUAAGCAGAUACUGAGGUCCGUUGAGGUGAGCAUCAUGGCUUAUUAGCUAAGGGUUAAACACUGAGCUUCCCUGGGCCUUGGACAAUAAUCAACCCAAAAAAUCUCAGUAGUCUCUGAAAGAAGAAGUCACUAAUAGCUCUGUUGUUAGACAGAAUCUACAUAUCUUCAUCAACAAUACCAGGAAAUCUCUGCAUUGUGGCUAUGAUAUCUUAGCAACAGGUUGUUUGCCUUUCCCCAGAAAAACUAUUUAUUUGUAUUGUAGUAGCAUUGAGGAGCCUCAAUCAUGGACCAGUGCUAGGAUCAAAUUAAGGACAUGUCUCAUUUUGGGUAAGGAGUCACUACAGGGCAGGGAGGAGAUUUCUAAAGUACACUAACACGUUACACAUAUAAUUGAUCUGUAUAGACCCUGCUGGUGUGCACAGAGGGUAUGUCUACACUGCAGUUAAAAACUUGUGGCUGUCCUGUGCCAGCUGACUUGGGCUCUGGCUGUGGGGCUGGUUAAUUGUGGUGUAGAUGUUGUGGCUCUGGCUGCAGCCUGAACUCUGGGAUCCUUCCAUCUCGCAGGGUCCUGGAGCCCAGGUUGCAGCCCAAACCUGAAUGCCUGCAUAGCAAUUAAACAGUCCCUUAGCCAAGCCCAAGUCAGCUGUUCCCAGGCCAGCCACAGGGUUUUAAUUGCCAUGUAGCCAUACCCUAAGAGUUCCCUAGUACAUUUAAACUAUCAUUGACUUCAGAGGAGCAACUCCCAAGACUGCAGGAUUUGCCAUAAUAGUCUGGAGGGGAGACAAAGUCACCACAGAAGACAGUGGUGGAGUAUGUUUCUGGAAAAGUAUUCUUUACCACCAAUUCUGAGUUGAGUAAAUUGAAGACGCUGAAGUCUGGAGAACGAUUAUUUUUGCUGCUGAAAAAACAUGCACCAAUUUCUCUCUCUAGAAAUAAAGGAGGUGGGAAAAGUACUUGGAAUAACUCUUAUAAAACAGCUUGGAUGGAAAGCAGAUUUGAGAAACCCUGAUCUAGAGCUCUUUGUACAUCUAAAUGAUAUUUACUCAGUGGUGGGGAUUCCUGUCUUCAGACUUCCACUGGCGACCAGAGAGUAUAUCCGAACUGCAGGCCUCCGAUCUACUGUAGCGUGGGCUAUGGCAUCUCUUGCUGAAAUCAAUGCUGGUGCAUUUGUUUUAGAUCCUAUGUGUGGAUUAGGAACAAUACUCUUGGAAGCUGCAAAAGAAUGGCCUAAUGUACAUUACUUGGGUGCUGAUAUAAAUGAUUCACAGCUACAAGGUGCACAUGAAAACAUUAAGGCUGCAGGCUUGAUGGAUAAAAUUGAGUUACUUAAAGCAUCUGUCAUAGCAUUGCCAUUACCUUCAGAAAGUGUUGACGUUGUGAUUUCAGACAUUCCAUUUGGGAAAAAGUUCAAGAUAACAAAAGACACAAAGCUUCUACAAAAUAUUCUUCGAGAAAUGGAAAGAGUGCUUCAUGUUGGAGGGACAGUUGUCUUACUUGUGAGUCAAGAUCUCCACAGGCACAUGGGUGGCUGUAUUAGCAAUUGUGUUGAAAAUGACACAUCUUUGAACGCUACCCGUGGCAACAAGAAUGGAGCUGCUGUGGUGAAAGACUUGAAUCCCGAAGAGAAAAAUCAGAGUCCAAGAAGUAUUUCCUCUUCAAUUAAAGGUAUAGAGACUGAACACUUCAACAAUAAAACUACAUGCUUUGGGUCUUUGGCAGCAGUAGAAUCCUAUGGAGUUAGCCUUGGGAAAACGGAUGCUUUCAUAUACAAAUAUAGGAAGAUACUUGCUGCUGGAAUGCAGUAGCAUUCUGAAAGUGAACAUGGAUCUUAUUUGAAAGUAUGGUCCUAAUUUGGGGCCAUAUAGUGCCACUGGUAACCAAAUGUAUUUCAACAGUUUUACAGCAUUCCUUCCCCCCCCCCCCCCCCCCCCCCAAUGCUUUCUUUGCUAAAGAAUUCAGUAGUCACAAGAUGGCAGAGACAAUCCUCCAACAACGUUAAGUUGGCCACAAUAAAAUACUGAAGUGAGGCCAAAUCCUGAGAUCCUUACUCAAGCAAAGCAUCCAUUUACUUAAGGAGUAAAAACUGAGCAAAAGCUUCAUGGUUUGGUCCACACUCUUCUAGGAGUGAUUUGCAUAGGAUUUAACUUGCUGCCACUGCGGUGGAACUGUGUAGGUUUGCUUUCCUAAACAUUUACCUAGUCAGAAUAGGAAACAGAUGCACUCUGUCAGAUCUGUUGAUUGUAUAUUGAUUAGUAAUAUAAUUUAGUUUCCCCAAUUAGCACUGGAAUUUGAUAGGUUAUUGUACCAAGAUAAGGCAAAGUAUUAUCAGAACUCCUGUUCAGUUGGGAGCCUGAACGUACAUGGUUGCAACACUCACACUUAGGAAAUCACAUUGUAUUUAUAAUAAUUUUAUAAAUACAGUUAGCAAAGUCACAAACACUCUAAACCCUGCAAGGCAGGUAGAGAUAGUACAGAAUGUGCUGAGCAUCCAGAUACUUACUUACACCAUCCCUUGUAAAACAACCUGCAGUGUUAGUUAUCUUCCCCAUCAGUCAUCAUCUUGGCAUCUCUCAAGGCAUACAAGAUGGGAUACAACUUUUAUAAUGUGUUACACUUAUGCCACCAUGCGCAAUGCAAUACUCAGGAAAGGUUUCAGUCCCUUUUCCUUAUUUGUAGUUCCUCACCCUAAUGCUGGGAUGCCCUUCUCCCAUAGAUUAUUAAUCCUUUUACCUCAGUUUUAUUAGCAUAUAGUUCAGUCAGUUACCAUGGCAUUCUUGUUGUCAGAAAGCUGCUGAUGUCCCUAGCUUAAAAUAUCUCAAGAUGCUAUAAACUAGCAUCUCGUGGUUACUUGUCAACAGUUUAGUUUUUACAGCAUUUUAUUGUUUAAAAUAGUUAUCUAGGGUUACUUUUGGUUAAUUACCUUAUGCCUUAAUUUAGCUAAACUAUUGUCUUACCAGCCUUGUAGGCUCAUUGCAUUAUUGCCUUAAUUUACACCUAAGCCUCACCUAGUAAAUAUCUAUACCUGUAGGCUUCAGCACUAAGGGGGAUUGGAAGUCUUUACUGAAGUGUCUCUUAUGAAUCGAUUUUUUUUUUGGUAGCAAUUACUUAAACGAAAAUGUGAUGUAAAACUACUAAAACCCAUUUCUAUUUUACUUUAGGUAUAUACAACCUUUUAAUGUUAGAAUAAAUCUAAAUAUCUAGUGUUCUGUUGGUAUGAGAUCAGCACAGUGCUACUCAUGUUCUUUUGAGUAGCUAUUGCAGUUUUUUUUUAUUGACAUUAAACAGCUCAAGGUUUAA